AUGGAGCCGGCUCCCGUCUUUCGCACCCCUCGCAAGAGGGUCGCUUACUACUACGAUCAUGACGUCGGCAACUUCAGCUACGGUCUCGGUCACCCCAUGAAGCCGCACCGUAUGCGAAUGACCCACAACCUCGUCACCAACUACGGUCUUCACAAAAAGAUGGACAUCCUCCGACCCAAGCGUGCUUCUCGCGACCAGAUGACUCGCUUUCACACCGAUGAAUACGUCGACUUCCUUCAUCGCGUCACACCCGAGUCCGUACCCGAGCUCACCAACGAAGGCACGCGCUACCUCAUCGGGGAGGACUGUCCCGCCUUUGAUGGCCUGUACGAGUUCUGCUCCAUCUCGGCCGGUGGAUCGCUUGCGGCUGCCAGCCGUCUCAACUCGGGCGAAUCGGAUGUCGCCAUCAACUGGGCGGGUGGGCUUCAUCACGCCAAGAAGAGGGAAGCCAGUGGUUUCUGCUACAUCAACGACAUCGUCCUCGCCAUUCUCGAGCUCCUUCGAGUCCAUCUCCGCGUUCUGUACAUCGACAUCGACAUUCACCACGGUGACGGUGUCGAGGAAGCUUUCUACACCACUGAUCGUGUCAUGACGGCCAGUUUCCACAAGUUUGGCGACUUCUUCCCUGGCACGGGUGACGUGCGCGAUAUCGGCAUGAAAAAGGGCAAGAACUACAGCGUCAACGUCCCCUUCCGCGACGGCAUUGGCGAUGCAGAGUUUGGUGCCAUGUUCCGACCCAUCAUGGCCCACAUUAUGGAAUGGUAUCGCCCAGGCGCCGUCGUUCUCCAGUGUGGAGCUGACUCGCUCGCCGGCGACAAGCUCGGCUGCUUCAACCUUUCCAUGCGCGGGCACGCCGACUGCGUCUCCUUCAUGCAAACCUUCGACGUGCCGCUCAUCGUUCUUGGCGGUGGAGGCUACACUGUUCGCAAUGUCGCACGCACCUGGACCUACGAAACGGGUCUGCUCGUCGGUCAGAGGCUCGACGAGGACCUUCCCUUCAACGACUACAUCCAGUACUUUGGCCCCGAGUACAAGCUCGAAGUGCCCCCAACGUCGAUGGACAACCUCAACACGCGCGACUACCUCGACAACCUUCGCACCAAGAUCAUCGACAACCUGCGCAACUUGCCCUCCGCACCGGGUGUCCAGAUGCAAGAGGUGCCGCGCACCACGCUCAACCCCGCCGACGUCGAGGUGUCGGACGGCGAAGACUCGGAUUUGGACGAGAGGAUUUCGCAGCGGCUGCGGGAUGCGCAUGUGCAGCGAUACGAUGACGAGCUUUCGGGCGACGAAGAUGAGGCGCACGCCGAAGGGUUCGAAUCGGCUUGGGCGAUGGCGACGAGUAGGAGGUCGAGUAAUGCGUCGAACGGCAGGAGGAAGCCGGGCAUCAUGGACCCCAUCCGACCUUUCGAGCAUGAUCUUGGGCUGAAGUACAUCUCACAGAACGGCGCAGGUGCAGGCAAAGGCAAGGGCAGAGCGAAGAGGACGUUCUUCGCCGCCCGUGCUGCCAAGCCUGUUCUCUCCGACCUGCACCUCGAUGACGACGAUGACGAAGACGACGAGGACCACCAUCACGUCGCAGGUAGGAUAGGUGGGAGAAGCGCGCGUUCGAGAGGCUUCUUGGUCAGCGAAGGUUCUGGCUUGCCAGGGGAUGCGACGCCAACGAGCGAUGUCGAGAUGGGAUCGCCGGCACUGUCUGCUGCCGCGGUGGUGGGCAACGGCAACGGCAACGGGAGAAUCGUCGUCAACGGGAGGAGGUAG